ACUGUUCCCAAUUUUGACAUUGAACGGUUUAUGGGCAAAUGGUAUGAAAUAUCAAAACAUGUUAAUCUACGAGAGGUCGGCCAAAAAUGUUUGACCACAACAUUUUCGCCCAACUCUAACGGCACCGUCAAUGUAGACAUAGCUGGUGUCUAUAAGCUUGUAAAUUAUCAGCGUUCAUCCAAUGGAUUGGGUAUACCAGAUGAUAACAUACCAUCUAAAUGGACAUUAAACGGUAUCAAUGGUCGCCAAAUGUUAUGGAUAUUGGACACCGAUUAUGAUAACUAUUCACUCAUUUAUUCAUGUUAUAGUCUACCGGUGCUAAACAUAAAUUUUGAGGAUCCGCGUAUUAUGAGUCGUACCCCACAACUGGAUCAGCAAUAUAUCGACAAAUUAAAGGAAAGGCUGACCGGUUUUGACAGAUUUCUUAUGUCGGACACCAGUCACCGAAAUUGUGAUUAA